AUGAGUGAAAGAGAGCGCCUUCAUCAGAAUCCCAUUGACCAAUCUACUGGCAACGUUCAGUCCGGAGAGCUCUCUCCUGAAGAAGUGAAGAAACGACGUCAACAAUUAUUCACUCGAAUUUUAUAUAUUGUUCUGGGACUGAUGAUUACUGGAAUUAUCACCGUGGUGAUUGCUGUUUUAAUACUCACCUAUGAGGAAAAGACCAUCAAGAGAUCCAUCGUAUUCAAUGAUAUUUUCAAUGGCACCUUUGCGACACAAUCACUUGAUGCCUCUUGGUCCAAGAAUCCAAGCAAAGAAAAUUUCUAUUAUUAUUGGAAAUUGAGGAAUGAUACAACUUCGGAAGGAAGUGGAAAAACUCGAGAGAAUGUAUUGACCCAUACCUUCGAAAAUAUGGCUAGUGUGAGAACCUUUAAAGGAGUUGGUGUUUCUACUCAAUGUGAUAUCAUGAAAUUUGAUACUAACACGAAGAGUGAGAGCGUUUUCCUGUCAUCCGAGUUACUCCUCUCUAAUAACAUUGCCUGUUACACAUCCUUCUUGAUUCAAGCAGAGGAACGAUUUGUUUCUUUUGAGAUGGACGUAGAACAUGUUUGGCGUCACUCUAGUCUCAGCAGAUUUAUUGUUUUGGAUACUGUUACCAAGAAGGUCACUACUCUUUCAAAUCCUCAAGCUCCAAAGCAAACAAUUAUGAAAUGGUGUAACCCUUCUUAUGGAAAUUCAAAUCAAGUUGUUGCUGCAUUUGUACAAGAAAACAACAUUUUCAUUCACACAUUUGAUGCAGUAACUGGUGAAACCAAGGUUCUAAAACCAAUCACAACAGAUGGUUCUUUUGAAUUAAUUUUCAAUGGUGUUGCUGACUGGGUCUAUGAAGAAGAAGUUAUUGCAGGAGUUGAUACGUUCUUCUUCUCACCAGAUUGUUCAAAGAUAACCUAUCUCAAAUUGAAUGAUAGCCAAGUUCCAUUAGUUCAACUUCCUGAAUAUAUCAUUACCAAUACUAAUGCCGAAUAUUUAGAAGUAAGAAUUCCAACACCAGGUGAUCAUAAUCCAAUUCCAUCUGUUCAUGUAUACGAUUUGGGAAGUGAUGUCACCACUCAAGUGGACAUUGGUCAAACUCCAUAUCCUACCAAUAUUGAGGAUGAAAAUUAUGUCUAUGAUUUAAUGUGGGCAUCGAACACUCAAGUAGCUGUUGUACGUGUGAACAGACGUCAAAAUCAAAAAGAUAUUUUACUCGGUGAUGUGACACAAACCUCUGCACAAGGUAUAAUUCCAACUCGUAUUGUUCAUACUGUUAACACAGAUCGAUGGAUCCAAUAUGCGCAAGGUUCAAGUUACUUUAUUCCUCAAACUACUUAUUUCGUUGAUAUUGUUCCAUAUCUUGAUCAUUAUCAUCUUGCUCUUUUUGAUUAUUCCAAACCUACAAAUUAUACUUUUGUGAGAUAUUUGACAAGUGGAGAUUUCGAUGUCACUCAAGUCUAUCGAAUCUAUUCCCAAAAUAUUAACAAUAUAUAUUUCCAAACAACAGUUGAUUCAAAUGGAAUUCAGAGACAAAUUUAUGGUACCACUCUCGAUGGAAAGAUUACCUUGCUAAGCAAAAAUAGUUCAACCUCAGCAACAGAUGGUGGAUCUUACUUUGAUGCAUCAUUUAGCGUGAAUGGAAAUUAUGCAAUUUUGAAUUAUGGAGGUCCACAAUAUCCAUUCUCCACCUUGUACUCAGUAUCUUCACUCAUUGCUAAUGCUGCAAAUGCCGGAUACAAUGUUUCCGAGAAUUCAGGACUUAAACAAACAGUAGAAACUGAAUUGUUAAUGCCAAAGGUGAAGGUCACUCAAGUUCAAAACGACAAUGGAGACAAAUUGAAUGUUCUUUUCAUUUAUCCACCUCAAUGGAAUGGAGAAAAUGAUGUCAAGUAUCCUGUCGUUAUUUAUAGCUACAAUGGUCCAGGUUCACAACUUGUCAAUUAUAAUUGGAGAUCUAUGCACAACUCUUUCUCACUGUAUUUGGCCUCCAUUGGUUUUAUUGUAGCGACUGUAGAUGGUCGAGGAACGGGUUAUAGAGGAGUUAAUUUUAUGACUCAAACCUAUUUGAAUUUGGGUUAUUACGAAGUGAAGGAUCAAAUUGCUGUUGCCAAAUAUCUUAAGAGUUUGUCCUAUGUAGAUAGUGCAAAGAUUGCAAUAUGGGGUUGGUCCUACGGUGGUUAUCUUUCUUCCAAGACUCUAACAUUCUCUGAGAAUAACACCAAUACUGAAACUCUUCCAUUCAAGGCAGCUGUGAGCGUUGCCCCUGUGACAGAUUGGACAUACUAUGAUACUGCUUACACCGAACGAUACAUGUUAUGGCCAUCGGUGAAUCCUUCUGGAUACAAGAAAAGUAGUGUAUUGAAUCAAGUUCAAGAUCCAAAAUGCCCUCUAUUACCAACCAAGCUUUCCAAUGGAGAUGUUGCGCAAUCAUCGAAGAAAUUCUCCCUUGCUUUCGGAUCACGAGAUGAUAAUGUCCACCCAAUUAAUAGCUUUAAUUUAAUGUCCCUCUUACAAGACAAAUUGGUUCAGUUCGAUUUAAUGGUCUAUACCAAUAAGGACCACUCUAUUGACAACAGACGUCAUAUUUACAGAUACAUUACGGAUCAUUUGGUUGCAAAUAUCAAUAGUUGA